AUGCUUCCCCGGCUGCUGCUCGUGCUCCUGCACAUCCUCUUCCUCCUCCAUUGCUCCUCCGCCUCCCACCACCACCAUGAUGGCAGCCAUUACCAACGGUACGGCGGGCGGAGGGCGCUGCACGAGCCGCUGUUCCCACUCGACAGCGCGCCCGCGCUGCCACCGCCGCCCCCCUCGCCAUUCUUCCCGUUCCUCCCCGACGCCGCGCCGCCGCAGCCCACAGAAGUGACCAACCCGGCACCACCCGCCGGCGCCGCUGUCGAUGCAGGCACCGGCAGCGACCCGUCCUCCUCCUCCCUGCCGAACCCCACGGCGCCGGCCAACAUGUCUUCCCUGGCCCUACCAGUCUCCCGGGCCACACCGCUGCGCUCCUUCCUCUCCUCCCACCGCCUCCUCACCAUCCUCCUCCUGGUCGUCACCCUCGCCUCCGCCCUGCUAGCCGCCGUGCUCCUCUACCUCCUCGCCCGCCGCCGCCGCGACCGGCCCGAGCCGGACCCCGCCGUCUACAAGAAACCCGCCUUACCCGCGCCGGCCAAACACCCCGCGCCGCACGACGACGAGCAGCAGCACGGCAACGGCCGGGGCUCCACCGCCACCCUGUCGAGCACCAGCUCGCCCGAGCUCCGGCCCAUGCCGCCCCUGCCGCGGCAGUUCCAGCAGACGCGGAUGAUGAGCCCGAUGCCAAGCUCAGACGACCCCGUUCUUGAAGCCAGAGCAGGGGACAAGCGGGCUCCGCAGGUCGUUCCACCGCCGCCCCCUCCACCGCCAAUGCCACCAAGAAAAGGCAACGGGGGCGCGCAACCGGCUGCCGCACCUCCAGCGCCGCCCCCGCCGUUGCCGCGCGCCGCCAACGGCAACGGCUGGCUGCCGAGGCGGCUCUCUGAGCGCCCGGCCCCCACGGUGAUCAGGGCCUCGGCGGGGGCUGUCCACCCCGAGGACUCGCCGCGGUCAGAGGAGAAGGAGGCGGACGCCGGCGUCGGCGCCGCUGGUCGCCUGAAGCUGAAGCCGCUGCACUGGGACAAGUUCCGCGCGAGCUCCGGCCGGCCCACGGUGUGGGACCAGCUCAAGGCGAGCUCGUUCCGAGUGAACGAAGAGAUGAUCGAGACAUUGUUCGUCUCCAACUCCACGAGGAGGAUGUCCAAGGCCGGGUUCAAGGAUGCAAAUGGGGCAAGCUGCCAUCAGGAGAACAAGGUGCUUGACGCCAAGAAAUCGCAGAACAUCGCCAUCAUGCUUAGGGCGCUCGACGCCACCAAGGAGGAAGUGUGCAAGGCCCUCCUUGAUGGCCAGGCAGAGAGCCUUGGAACUGAGCUGCUGGAGACGCUGCUGAAGAUGGCUCCUACCAGAGAAGAAGAGCUCAAGCUGAGAGAAUACAGGGAGGACGCUCUGUCGAAGCUCGGCACUGCCGAGAGCUUCCUCAAGGCGGUGCUUGGGGUACCGUUCGCGUUCAAGAGAGUGGAAGCGAUGCUCUACAUCGCCAACUUCGAUUCAGAAGUUGAUUACCUCAAGACUGCCUUCAAAACCCUUGAGGCAGCGUGUGAAGAGCUGAGGAGCAGCAGGUUGUUCCACAAGAUCUUGGAUGCUGUCCUGAAGACCGGGAACCGCAUGAACACCGGCACAAACCGUGGGAACGCGCAUGCCUUCAAGCUUGACGCGCUCCUCAAGUUGGUCGAUGUAAAGGGCGCAGAUGGCAAGACGACCCUCCUGCACUUCGUCAUCGAAGAGAUCACCAGGUCUGAAGGUGCCAACAUUGUGGCCACUGGCCAAACGAACAACCAAGCAACCGUCACUGCAGAUGAUUUCCAGUGCAAGAAGGUUGGACUCAAAAUCGUUGCUAGCCUCGGCGGUGAGCUCAACAAUGUCAAGAAGGCAGCUGGAAUGGAUUCUGACUCGCUGGCCAGCUGUGUCUCGAAACUCUCAGCCGGUGUAAGCAAGAUCAGCGAGGUCGUGCAGCUGAACCAACAGCUCGGUUCGAACGAUAGCUGCAAGAGGUUCCGCGCUUCCAUCGGCGAGUUUCUGCAGAAGGCUGAAGCCGAGAUUACCGCAGUGCAGGAUCAAGAGGGCCUUGCCCUUUCCCUCGUCAGGGAGACAACCGAGUUCUUCCAUGGCAACUCUGCGAAGGAGGAAGGCCACCCUCUGAGGAUCUUCAUGGUGGUCCGUGACUUCCUCGCUGUUCUUGAUCGCGUCUGCAAGGACGUUAGCAGGUUGAAUGAACAAACGGCGACGGUGGGCUUCAGCACCUCACGGCGGAUGGAGAAUGUGACAGUUCCUCCAAGGUUUAACCCAGUGCAAUCCAGUAGCUCCGAGGAGGACAGUUCAUCAUCGUAG